UGUCUUUUUGCGCAGAUGCGGUCACCACUAAUGCUGGUGUUUUUAACUGCUCUUCCUGGGGUCCUCUGCUGCCAAUCCUCAUUCAUUGACCUGGAAUCUAAAGGAAGUAACAAGUCAUCUAUCAGAUUCCUGGUUUUGGGGGACUGGGGUGGUCUGCCAUAUCCUCCUUAUAUUACCCCCAUAGAGAAGGCUACUGCCCGCAUGAUGGCCAAAACUGCUUCACAGAUGGGCGCGGACUUCAUUUUAGCACUUGGUGACAACUUCUACUAUAAGGGCGUCACUGAUGUCAAUGACCCUAGAUUCCAGGUCACAUUUGAAGACGUCUACACUCAGGAUUCUCUUAAUAUCCCGUGGUACGUCAUUGCUGGCAAUCAUGACCAUGUAGGAAACGUCCUUGCUCAAAUUGAGUACAGCCAAAAGUCAAAGAGAUGGAACUUCCCCUACUAUUAUUAUGAGAUGAACUUCCGCAUUCCUCAAACGGACAGUACUCUGACCAUCAUCAUGCUGGACACGGUGUUGCUGUGUGGAAACUCCGAUGACUUCCUUGACCAGCAGCCCAAAGCGCCCCGCAGUGGUGUUCAGGCCAACAGACAGCUGUUGUGGCUUCAGGAACGCUUGGCAAUGUCUAAGGCUGAUUAUCUCCUGGUGGCUGGCCAUUAUCCGGUAUGGUCCAUAUCUGCGCAUGGGCCAACCGACUGUCUACUAAAGAAAUUGAGACCACUGCUUAAGAAGUACAAGGCUACUGCUUACCUGUGUGGUCAUGAUCACAAUCUACAAUACAUCAAGGAGUCUGGUAUCGGUUAUGUGGUCAGUGGAGCUGGUAACUUCAUGGAUCCUGACAUGCGGCACCGCAACAAGGUUCCUCAAGGCUCUUCACUGUUCUUCAGUGGUGAUGCUGGCACCUUGGGUGGCUUUGCCCAUGUGGAGGUUAACAAGAAAGAGAUGGCCGUUACUUUUAUCCAGGCUAGAGGAACCUCUCUUUACAGGGCUGUUCUUAAAAAACGUGAUCUCUUCAGAGUGUAUGACCAUGUUUGAGACUUAUCCAGUUUUAAUGUUACUUUGGGUCACAUUAAAUGUGACCAUGUUGACCCAGGUCUUUUAGAAAAGGAGGGGGGGGGGUAAAUGCACUCUUCAAAUCCUUAACUAUUUAGAUGAGUUUUAAAUGGUUUAACCAAUAAAUGUUUAAGCUAUAUUUUGAGAACCUGUAAGUGAUUAUUAAAUGACUCCUUUUUAAACUACUUUUGUCUAAGUCUGCUUCUCAGUGGUUCACAACUGGACUUGAUGCUUGUUGCAAUGACUGACCCUUUGCAGGGAGUUUGACUAAUCCUAACACUGAAUCUGGCAUUUGUCUGACAAACCAAACGGGGAGUACAUUAAUGUCAGUGCACCUGAACUGGAAAAAUAGUUUUUUGCUCUUUACACUGAGACCAGAUACCUUCUGAUGCGUCCAUGCUGUAACUCGGGGCUCCCCAGACUUGAUCCUGGAGGGCUGAUGUCCUGCAGAGUUUAGCUCCAACUUGCCUCAACACACCUGCCUGUAAGUUUCAAGUAUACCUAGCAAGACCUUGAUUAGCUAGUUCAGGUGUGUUUAGAGUUGGAGUAAGACAUCGGCCCUCCAAGACCAACUUCUGUGACUCCUGCUGUAACUAAGGGAUGAUCAGUUCAUGUCCUGCUUUAACAGAUGCUCUACAGUAAUCUCACAACACCCUGAUGAGCUACAAAACUGUUGUUAAAACUUCUGAUACAGUUUGAAAGCUGAGAUGGUUUCAUACCAGAAGUAGUCUUCUCUCUUGUCAUCCAAUUUGGUGUCUGACCUCGCUCUAAUUCUGUUAAAACCAUGGCUAGUGCUUAUGACUCAUUUGUUUAACUAUGGCUUUUUGUCAGCCAUAAUGCCUUUUAAUGUAUUAAUUGUCUUCUGAUAUUAGUGUUUCAGAAAUUGGUGUGUGAAAGGAAACAAGGUGCUUUAAACGUGGGACACCUAAUACUGCAGUGGCCUGUAAUGGGGGCAUUUUGUUUGUUAUAGGCUCUUCAAUGCACAAACAGCUCGUUACAACACCCGAUUCUCGUUUCUCCGGCAGUUCCCAGUACUAACUGACUUGACUGUAUCUGGAACCACUCUGAAACCAAUGCUGACCCAAUGUUCCUGUAGCAUGAGCCCGACAAAACCAGAGCUGGACACAUGUUGACCACAUUAAUGGUAGUCUGUGACCAAGUCCUUUUCCCUUGAUUAAAUAUUAACAAAUGUAAUACUCUACUUCCCCCUUUUGA